UUGAGCUGCAUCUAUUUCUCCUUCCACCGUAAUUUUCCAUCCUUCUUUCUGACUCAUUUGAGUCUUAGGUUCAGACAUGAGGAAGAAACAAACUCAUGAUACUCUACUUUUCCUAGCUCUAUUCUUUUUCUCCGAUGAAUUAUUAGUGGCGCGGACAACUAGCACUAUAGAUGUUGAUGUAGGUUUGGUUCUUGAUAUGAAUUCAUGGGCUGGGAAGAUGUCUUCAAGAUGUAUCUCCAUGGCCUUUUCUGAUUUUUAUGCCUCCCAUUCUCAUUACAAGACCAGGCUGGUUCUGCACACUAGGGACUCCAACAAUAGCGUUAUUGGUGCUGCUCAUGCAGCUAGUGAUCUAAUGACAAAUGCAAAAGUGCAAGCCAUUCUUGGACCACAAACAUCUAUGCAAGCCAAUUUUCUUAUCAAUCUAGGACAGGAUGCUGAGAUUCCCAUCGUUUCAUUUUCUGCUACAAGCCCUACUCUUUCCUCUCUUAGAAGUGCAUACUUCAUACGAGCUACUCUAAACGAUUCAUGUCAAGCACAAGCAAUUAGUUCCCUGCUUCAAACCUUUGGAUGGAGAGAAGCAGUGCCAAUCUACGUAGACACUGAGUUCGGAGAAGGGAUUAUUCCAUACUUGACUGACGCCUUGCAAGAAGCUGAGACUCAUAUCCCUUAUAGAAGUGUAAUUCAUCCAUCAGCAACUGAUGGUGAGAUUGCUGCAGAACUCUACAAGUUGAUGACCAUGCAAACUAGAGUUUUCAUUGUGCAUAUGCCUCCCAUUCUUGGCUACCGUCUUUUUGAUCGAGCAAAAGAGGUAGGGAUGAUGACUGAAGAAUACGUUUGGAUCAUAACUACAGGGAUCACUAACCACCUAAGUUUUCUACAUCUUUUUGCCAAAGAAUCGAUGCAGGGGGUAAUAGGAGUAAAACCUCAUGUUCCGAGGAGGAAAAAGCUUAACCGGUUCAUUGCUCGCUGGAAAAGGAAAUAUGUCAAGGACAAUGUAGAUGUUACUUUCUUUGGCUUAUGGGCUUAUGAUGCAGCUACUGCACUAGCAAUAGCAGUUGAAAAUGCUCUAGCAAAGGAAACUAGGCCUUCAAGUGCAUUCCACCUUGAGUCUGGGGUCUCUCAAAUUGGAAAACACCUCCCAGAAGUAAUAUCAAGAACCAAAUUUAAUGGCCUCACUGGGACAUUCAAUGUGCUCGAUGGACAACUACAAUCAUCAGACUUUCAGAUCGUCAAUAUCCUCAGUAACGGGGAGCGGGGAGUUGGCUUUUGGACCCCAGACAGGGGAAUUACUAGGACACUUCAACCUACAACUUCUGAAUCACACUCUUCUUCGAAAGCCAAUUUAAAAGGGAUUAUAUGGCCUGGUGAUUCCACAUCCACCCCAAAGGGUUGGGUAAUACCAACAAAUGGGAAGAAGUUGAGAGUAGGAAUCCCAGUCAGGAGUGGUCCUAAUGAAUUUGUUAACAUAAUAAGAGAUCCUUGCACUAACAAGACGACUUUUACAGGGUACUCGAUAGAUGUUUUUGAUUCUUUAAUGAAAAUGCUUCCAUAUUAUGUUCCUUAUGAAUAUGUUCCAUUUGCAAAGUCAGAUGGUGAGAGUGCUGGUACCUAUGAUGACUUGGUCUAUCAGGUUUUCCUUAAGAAUUAUGAUGCUGCUGUGGGAGAUAUUACCAUUAGAGCUAACAGGUCUACAUAUGUUGACUUCACACAACCAUAUGCUGAAUCUGGCAUCACAAUGGUUGUGCCUGUCUACGACAGGAGGAGUAAGAAUGCGUGGGUUUUCUUGAAGCCACUGACUUGGGACCUCUGGGUCAUUAGUGCUUGCUUCUUUGUUUUCAUUGGUUUUGUGAUUUGGAUUCUUGAGCAUCGGACGAAUGAAGAAUUUUCUGGAUCUAGUCCACAUCAAGUUGCCACUGGUUUCUGGUUCUCCUUUUCAAUCUUGGUCUUUGCUCAUAGGGAGAAAAUAGUGAGCAACUUAGCUAGGUUCGUGGUGAUUAUAUGGUGUUUUGUGGUUCUAAUCUUAACUCAGAGUUACACGGCCAGCUUAGCAUCAAUGUUGACCAUGCAACAGCUUGAGCCAACUAUCACUCAUAUGCAAGAUCUCAUAAGGAAAGAUGACAAUGUAGGCUACGCAAAGGGCUCUUUUGUUUUAGGAUUCUUAAAGCACAUGAAGUUUGCUGAGUCGAGGCUUAAGGAAUAUGACACUCUAGAUGAUUUGGAUGUACUUUUCACCAAGGACAAAGCUCACGGUGGUAUUGCUGCUGUUUUUGGUGAAGUACCUUAUAUGAAGCUUUUCCUGUCAAAGUAUUGCUCAAAAUAUGCCAUGGUCAGCCCGGCAAUCAAGACUGAUGGAUUUGGCUUUGCAUUCCCAAUAGGUUCCCCACUUGUACCUGAUAUAUCAAGAGCAGUCCUAAAUCUCACGGAAGGGGAUAAAAUAGUUGGGAUUGAGAAUGAGUGGCUUGGGCAGCAAACUAGUUGUCCAGAACAAACCACUUUGGUAUCAUCACAUAGUCUAGGACUCAACAGUUUCUGGGGCCUAUUUCUUAUUGUUGGAAUUGCUUCGUUCACUGCCCUCAUCAUCUAUGGAGCUAUGUUCAUUUAUGAACACAGGCUUUCACUAAGCAAAUUACAUGCAAAAGAUUUGUGGGAUAAGAUAACCAUAUGCUUCAGGAAGAGGGAAGAAGAGCAAGAUUCUGGAGGUUUACAGAUGAUGAACCGUUCAAUGCAAAGCUCUAGACAUCUACAGAAGACAAAUCACUCAAUUUUGUCCAUGCGUACAUCAAGUUCUAGUAGUAGUGUGUCUAGCCGAUCAUCAUCAGGCCUAUUAACUGUUGCAGAUGUAAAUUUGUUUGCCUUGAGGGAAGGAGGAAAUUCAUUUGUAUAAGUUCUUCAUGAGAAUCCAAAUCAGAUGCAAAGAAAGA